UCCCUGUGCUAGACCUUGGGGCCUUUGUCCCCACAGUCAUGAGGUCUGAAGGGGGCGGGGACAAUGUUGAUAAAAGGCACUAGAGGCAGCUCCCACACCCUUCCUCAGAGCUGCUGCCCACAUGCAGUCCCGGACACAGCCCCUAGCCCAGGCCCUGCCCUUCUCCCUUGGAGGAGUUCUGCGAGACACUGGACUCCGGGUACCCGUCAUGAAGAUGGGCACAGGGUGGGAGGGCCUGCAGCGGACCCUGAAGGAAGUCGCCUACAUCCUCCUCUGCUGCUGGUGUAUCAAGGAGCUGCUGGAUUAAUGGCAGCAGGGAGCUGCCUCCUCCCCGCUGGCACCAUGGCCAGCAUUGCUCAGCACCCAGCCCAACCCCCAUCAAGACUCCUGGGGCCAGCUGUGCUUGACCAAGGAUGGGCCACAAAUGACGAGUGAAGUGUGAUCCUGCUUUGAGUUUGUCCCAUCUGUCAGACCUGCCUCAUCUCUGGGCCUCUAUUCCCAGGCCCCACCUCCAGUGCACCUCUGGUGCACAGGAGCUUGGCCUGCUGGCUAGGACCCCAGUCAGACUGCAGCAGGACCUGGCACUCCUCCAAGCCUGGUACAGUGAGCCCACCGGCCCAGAUGGCUGAUCUUACCAUACCCUCUUAGUACCAGGAAUGGGCUGCCCCCAGUAUCUCUGUAUGAGAAUCACUGAACUGUAUGUACAAUAAAUAAGC